GCAAAUAACUGCAAUCGUAUAUGAUCAUUUCUUUAUGAUACUUUAUGGGUUUUUAUGGAUUUUGAUUCAUAAACCUCGUGGUGUCACUAUAGCCCGUUGAAUGUCGAACUGUGUACCGUGUCUGGAAGCCCCUCCCGGUUUUAGUGGGGAGGAGAUUUCACAGGGCUUUGUUUCAGAGAGACUGGACGUAUAAGAGAGAGUACGGAGGCCUCGUUUUUUUUCUCGUCCCAAAAAUGGAAUAUUGUCUAAUAUUUCUUUAUUCGCAUUGUUGAACUCGGAAUACCGUCUUUUAUUUCGCGGAUCAUUUCACGGGAUUCACUGGAUGUAAUAAUGUUCUCGUCGUACAGAAGGAAAUCUAUUGUGGCCUGUAUCGUGCUCGUUGUUUUGGAGUGUUGUUGGGACGCGGUGUCAGGGCAGCUCUCUUAUUCUGUUUCAGAGGAGGUGAAUCCGGGAACAUCAGUGGGAAAUAUCGCUAAGGAUCUCAACCUUAAUGUUCAGGAACUGGAGUCGCGCAUGUUUCAGAUUGUCACGGGAUCCAAGAAAAAAUAUUUCGAGGUAAAUCUAAAAACUGGCUUCUUGUAUGUGAGCGAAAGAAUAGACAGAGAGGAGCUUUGUGCUAAAGCACCUAAAUGUACUCUCAGUGUAGAAGCAGUUAUCAACAAUCCACUGAAGCUUUAUCAAAUAGAGAUUAAUAUUGUGGAUGUAAACGAUAAUUCCCCAUCUUUUAGUGAGAAAUCACAAACGUUAGACAUUGCAGAAAGCACCCUGCCUGGUGUUAAGUUCUCUCUCCAUCAUGCUACAGACACAGAUGUUGGAAAAAAUUCAAUAAACACUUACAAACUUAGCUCGAACGAGUAUUUUUCUUUAGCUGUGCACAAAGGAGGAGAUCAGAGUGUGUCUGCUGAGUUAGUGCUGCAGAAAGCUUUAGAUCGAGAGAAACAGCCUGUGAUCCAGCUCACGCUUACCGCUGUAGACGGAGGUACACCCUCUAAGACAGGCACAUCUCUUAUAAUUAUUAAAGUUUUGGAUAAUAACGAUAAUACUCCCGUUUUUAGCAAGCCGUUGUAUAAAACGACUGUUUUAGAAAAUGUGCCAAUCGGAACGACAAUUGUGGUGUUAAAUGCGACAGACCUGGAUGAAGGUACUAAUAGCGAUAUUGUUUAUUCUAUAAUUAAAAGAGAUCAGAAUAAAGUUCUACAGAUUUUUGAUAUUGACCCAAAUACUGGUGUUAUCACAGUUAAAGGCAAUAUAGAUUUCGAGGAGAACAAUGCAUUUGAGAUCCGCGCACAGGCCAGUGAUAAAGGACAGCCUCCGAUGUCCACGCACUGCAAAGUCCUGCUGGAGGUGCUGGAUAUUAAUGACAACGAGCCAGAGAUAACCGUGACGUCACUCCUCAGUACAGUGAAAGAGGACGCCAGUAUUGGCACUGCUGUCGCUCUCGUGUCAGUGAUUGACAGGGACGGCGGCAAAAAUGGUGCAGUUAAUUGCCUUGUGUCCAACAAAGUGCCUUUUAAACUCGAGACUAAUUACAAACAUUAUUAUUCUCUAGUGGUGGAUGGACCUCUAGACAGAGAGCUCGCGUCUGAGUAUAACGUGACUAUCUCAGCUACUGAUGAAGGGACUCCGCCUCUCUCUAGCACCAGUGUCAUUACUGUACACGUUUCUGAUGUGAAUGACAACGCGCCGCGCUUUCCAGAGCCCGUCAUUAAUGUUUAUGUGAAAGAAAACAGUCAGAUUGGAGCUGUUAUUCAUACAGUAUCUGCUUUUGAUCCUGAUGUAGGUGAUAAUGCUCGGAUAACAUAUUCUUUACUAGAAAGCUCAAAAAGCGGCCCAGUAACAUCCAUGAUCAACAUAAACUCUGAGAAUGGAGAUAUACAAAGUUUACAGUCGUUUAACUAUGAGGAGAUAAAAACGUUUGAGUUUAAAGUCCAGGCCACAGACUCUGGUGUUCCUCCGCUCAGCAGUAACGUGACUGUCAAUGUUUUUAUCCUGGAUGAGAAUGACAACAGUCCCGGGAUUCUCGCGCCCUAUUCCGAGCUCGGUUCCGUUAACACGGAGAACAUUCCCUAUUCUGCUGAUGCGGGCUACUUUGUGGCCAAGAUCAGGGCUGUAGAUGCAGAUUCUGGUUACAAUGCACUGCUGUCUUACCACAUCUCUGAACCCAAAGGAAACAAUCUGUUCCGAGUCGGAACCAGCAGCGGGGAGAUCAGGACUAAGAGGAGAAUGAGUGACAAUGACCUGAAAACUCACCCGCUGGUCAUUUUGGUUUGUGAUAACGGAGAGCCCUCACUGUCAGCGACUGUGUCUAUUGAUGUUGUGGUUGUUGAAAGCGCAGGUGACGUCAAGACUCCGUUCAGACACGUGCCUAUAAAGGAGGAGAGUUUCUCGGAUUUAAAUCUGUAUUUGCUGAUCGCCAUUGUGUGCGUGUCCGUCAUCUUUUUCCUGAGUCUCGUCAGUUUGAUAGCUGUAAAAUGCCACAGGACAGACAGCAGUUUGGGCAGGUACACUGCCCCUAUGAUCACCACUCAUCCUGAUGGGAGCUGGUCUUACUCCAAAUCUGCUCAGCAGUAUGACGUGUGUUUUAGCUCCGACACACUGAAGAGUGACGUGGUGGUUUUCCCUGCGCCAUUUCCGCCUGCAGAUGCAGAACUGAUCAGUAUUAAUGGAGGAGACACUUUUACAAGAACACAAACACUUCCUAAUAAAGAAAAGGUAAGAGAUUCAAUGAUUUGCAUUGCGAUUCUUUGUUUUUGUUUUGUAAAGUUAGUGUGACUUCUGGAGUUUCCUCGCAUUGAUCUCGUUUUAUUGGCAGACAACUACAAGUUUCUGAGACUUAAAAUGUUGAAAGUGGCUUAAAGUUUCUCUCUCUAUAUCUCUCUUUCUCUGAAGUAAACAGACUUAUUUGCAGUCGAUUAAUAUAUUAUCAUUACUACAUAAGACCAACUUUUAGCGCUUUUGUGGAGCUGUCCGUGGUUCUGAACUUGUCGUGGUCUUUUUGAUGAACAUCGCCGCAACUACGUAUGUUUCUUCUGUUCAGUAGUGCUACAUUUACUGAUGUACUGUGCUAAGUGUGAAAUGAUAGCUAUACUGUAAGAAUGAAUAAUUUAAAUGAUCUUAGUUUAAAAUUAAUUUAUAACAGUAUUUCUAUAUUUGUUACAUACAAAAUUUAGUUAUACAAAGUUAUCCUUUGCAAUAAUCUAAGAGAGUUGAAUUAGGGCUGCACAAUUAA